CUCUGUUCAUUCCCCGCUUGCGCUUCCUUUCAGAAACCCUACUUUUUUUGGCUUUUUCCGCAGCUCGAGGCAGGCAUCAAUGGCGGAUUGAGGGUUCGCUUCAAAGCCUUUGCCUAUUUUCAAGCCGUUUAUGUGUUUAAUUCUCGGAAACUUUCUUUGCUUGUGGAUCAAACCCUAGAUUCACGGCAGCAUUUGUUAUGCUGAAAUGAAGCCUAGGUUUUGAUUCAUUGAUUUGAAGCUGCUUGAGUGAUCAUCAUAUGUAGAACACUAUAAGACUUUCGAUGAAUGUUGCUGCCGAUUUUGGAGAGUAUUGAAUCGACCACAUAAGCAGUGGAUCUUUGAGAAAUUGUUGAAGCAAUGACAUCAACAUCUUGUGAAAAUUCUCUUCGGUUAAACGACUUGUAUAUUAAAGAUGAUGACAAAUGUGAAGGUUCUAAUGAUGCAGUGAAGAAGAAGAAGGCUUCAAGAAUUGUGGGAUGGGGACUUCGUCGGUUUAGCACAAUAGUUUGCAAGAAGAUUGAGGCCAAAGGAAGAACAACAUACAAUGAGGUUGCUGAUGAGAUUAUAGCAGAUUUAGCAUCCCUUGCCAAGAACAUCACACAAGUUGAGGGUGCAGGAAGCAAUAUGGAUCAAAUGUGCUUAAGCGAACAUUUUGAUGAGAAAAAUAUCCGGCGAAGGGUGUAUGAUGCAUUUAACGUUCUCAUGGCUAUCAAUGUUAUUGCGAAGGAUAAAAAGGAGAUCCGAUGGAUAGGAUUUCCCACUACAAGAACUGAAGAAUUGGAUGAGUUGAAGAAGCUGCACAUAAAUGUAAUGAAUAGGGUUCAAGCAAAGGCAAAUUUCUUAAAGGAAUUGGAGGACCAAUUCAUAAAUCUCCAAACCCUGAUUUUGCGAAAUCAGCGCCUAAGCAAGUCAGGAGCUGGACAUGUCCCUUCUGAAGGAAUUGCAUUGCCAUUUCUGCUGGUCAGAACAAGACCACAGGCCACAGUUGAGAUCGAGAUAUCUGAAGAUAUGAGUUUGGUGCAUUUUGACUUCAAUGGGACUCCCUUCACAUUGCAUGAUGAUGCUGCGAUCCUUAAAGCAAUGAAAUGCCCUCAUUCAUUAGAAAUCAGGGAAUCUAGUCAAGGUUUAUCAGAAGGUUCAUCUUCGAUCACGGAUCGAAAUGGAAAUCCUCUGAAGCCUGUUUCUUUCUCAUGGAACUCCGAAAACUUAACCUCUUAAAUGUUGGCUUAAUUGGUUGGUGGGAAUGACUAAUGGCUUUUAUUUUUUUCCUGUUGCCAGCCCUUGCUCACUGGAAACAGUUGCCUUCUUGGUUGAUUUUUUUUUCCUGUCCUGAUGCAGAUGAUAUGAUUAAAAGGAUUGUAAAUUCUGGUGAACUUUGCCCCUGUUUUUACUGAUGAAAAACAUGGGAUCCUGUGAAAUUGAGCUAUUUAAAUGGCAAUCUGAAGGGUUUCUGUCUGGUGUGCUAUUACUCUCAA